UUGAGCUGGCUAUAAAAUGUCAACCUAUAAUCAAUGUCGUUCUCAUCAGGCACUCCCAAAUUUCGCAUAGCAAUCUGUGGUGCAGGGAUAGGAGGGCUUGUCCUCGCUGUCACCAUUGGAAAGUUUGCAGGUCACGAUAUCCACAUCGACUUAUACGAAGCGUAUGACGCCAUUGCGACCGCUGGGGCUGGGAUUUCAGUCUCGCCGCGCACAUCGGAGCUCAUGAAAGAACUCGGCAUGUACGAAGAGGUCUCCCGUGCUUCGACUAAGUUCCCUUCCUCCAGUCGUGGGCCAAAAUUCAGGAUAUCUAAUAUCCCACAGGGUGGUUUCGAGUGGUUCCAGCAGGAAUUCGAACACACCCCAAUGAAUAUACACCGCCAGAAUUUUGCCGACAUUCUGAAGCAGUACCUCCCUUCGUCAUGCAGGCUUCACUUUAAUAAACGCCUCACUCGAUAUGACAAGCAGUUGUCAGGAUCACUUAUCCUUCACUUCGCUGAUGACAGCACUGCAACUACGGAUGUGUUAAUAGGGGCAGAUGGCAUCCGCUCCUCAGUGCGGAAGACGCUCUUCAACACAUUAGACCGAGACAUUGUGGACCCAAGUAAGAUAGGACGCUACAUAGAUCCAGUUUGGACCGGAACGCUUGUCUAUCGCACCGUCAUUCCGAUGGAGAAGAUCUUACAGGUGGACCCGAAUAACAUAGCCUUGAAGGAUUUCAUCUUAUUCUGCGGGAAGAGAAAGCACGUCAUCUCGUAUCCUGUUUCAGAAGGAACACUGUUCAAUGUCGCAGCAUUCGUUGCUGCUGAACAGAAACCUGACACACAUUUCGAGGGCCGUUGGGUUUCAGAUGUGUCCAAUGAAGAGGUUCAAGAACUAUAUCAAGACUUCGAACCCGCCGUUAGAAACAUGUUGAAAUGUUCCGAAAACCCCUCAAGAUGGGCGCUUCAUGUAUUAAAUGAAUUGCCGCUAUUCACCUACGGCAGAGUUGCCCUGAUAGGUGAUGCGUGCCAUGCCAUGGAACCCCACUUUGGCGCCGGAGCUGGUCAGGCAAUGGAGGAUGCAUUUGUGCUUGGCCGCCUUCUUGCCCACCCACUCACAACGUUGGAUAGCGUGCCCGCUGCGCUGAAAGUAUACCAGGACGUUCGCCUCCCACUCGUUCAAUCCUUAGCCCGUGAAUCGGAACGUACAGGACGUUUGUACCACCUUGACUCGCUGAGUACAGAUCAAGGAAAUGAACGAGAAGAGUUGGAAAUUCAAAGGGGGAAGAUCUUAAGCCAGUGGAAGUGGGAAGGCGAGGGUAGUGCUGUUUCUCAAUGGUUGGAGGCAGAAAGGAAACUUCAGGACAUCGCAGGUCUGAAGAAUGGUGCAGACGAUGCGUCACUGUUGAAGUUGUAGCCCUGCGCCCUGAACCUCUUUGCGCGACUAUUAGUAUGCGUACGAUGCAUAUGGACGUUACUGCCUACGUGCUACAUCUUUGUAAUGCGAGAAUAGUACUGUACUCUACCGUCUGUGCAUCUAAGCUUGCAUGUCAUUUAUUCAAAUUCAUCGUACGAACGAGCACUCAGCAGUCUAUCCUCGAUCUAUCCUGGCAUUCAUCCUUUAUUGAUCAGUCACCAUGAUCAUUGAUUCCCAGUGAGACGGUCCGGGUAUGGGAGAUAUCUUGUACUUGCAUCAUAUCCGCUGGUUCUUGCGAUGAAAUUCUUGCACACCCAGACAGCUUGUUUACGAGGACGCCGAGCCCAGAUGCUUGAACAAAGUGUACGAUGAGUCAUUGAUGACGGCCUGGGAGUGGCAAUUUUUUAGUCUGGUCUCCAGCGUACUCUGCUCCAUAGAAGGUUGCCUGACGUUACGUUGCAUACCCA